AUGCUCAAAAUAAACAGCAAGACAGUUGCUGGGAAAUUUCUUUUUUCUUUAGURCAAUCCAAGUAUGUUGGGACAGGACAUGCKGAUACAUCAAAAUACGAGUGGUUAGUUAAUCAACAGCGAGACAGUGUGGCUUCAUAYAUUGGACAUGGUAACCUUCUAGAUUUCUUUGCUCUGGUUGAGAAUGAAAGCAAAGCUAGAGUUAGAUUCAACUUACUAGAGAAAAUGGUYCAACCUUGUGGUGCACCUCCUCAAAGAGCUGAAGAAUGAAGAAUAAGUUAUUUUGUAGAUACUGACAAUUCAUCCUUUAAAAACAAUACAACUUUGUAAUAAAGAAAUGACAGGAGAAGUCAUUCCUUUACCAUUUACUGUGGUUCAAUGAAUAAUCCACCAUAAGAUCACUGUAAAAUAUUUUAAUAUUUAAAUACAUUCUGAUUCUUAAUGACUUGCCGUCUAUUUAAGUUAGUUUUCAGGAAAGCCAGAUGGUGGCUUUAUAUAACYGUUAUUUUAAUUAUUAUUAGACAGAAAAAUUUGAUAUAUAGAAUAUAUCAGGGUAGCAAAAACCAAAUGGUUCGUGGCAUCGAUGUCCAGGUCACCUAGGAAAUGUUUAGAUCAAAGGAGCAUGUUUUUACAGGAGAUUUAGUGUGCACUUGGUGGUAUUAAAAUCGAAACAUUAGCAGAAAAUGAAGUGCCAGUUGUUUUCAUUUCACUGAUAUAAUCUUUCAAAWUUUUUUGUUAAUUUUGCAAUUAAAAGUCUUAUUUUUU